AAUUUCCGCUCACAAGUCCGGGGAGACACAGAAAACAGUACAAGAAUAUACACAAAGAUAGUGCAGUUCGCCACAGACGUUUACGGGACAUAAAUUCUACGAGAGAAUUGGAAUUUCGGUUCUUCGAUGGCAUGGAGCGUCUAAGUUAACGGACGACCGUGUAUGUCGCAAAAACUAGCACAGGCUGCGACUUGGAAUUCUAUGCUAUGUGCCUAUAUGCGUCGCGAAAAUUGAGAGAAAGAGAUAGAGCGAGAGAGAGAAAUCGAAGAGAGGAAAGGCAGGGAGGUUAACAAGACGCACAUCCGGUUUGAGCGUUCUCGCAAAUCUGGUGCCCUGUAAACAUGUGUGGUGGACUGUUGAAAUACCUGCAGUUCCGUAAUUACGUGGAAACACUAAAAAAAACUUCAACGAGACGUAGAGAACGCGCCGGUAGUCAGCAAUAUCCGGGACUUAUGUAUACUUUAGAAAUUGCAAGUUAGUUGGGAACGUAAAUCACUUGGAUGCUUUAAAGAAACGCUACGAGGCCAAUGCUCAACAAAACUGAAACUUUAAUAACAACGCCCCACGAUAUCCCUAAAAAAGAAGUAAAAAAAAAGAGAAGAAAACGGCGGAGUUGAGGUUUAAGCAGGGUGGGUAAUACAGGGGGAAAAUAAAGCACUUAUAGCCAACAAAACGCUCGUGCAGUUAUAUUCAUGUGCACGUUACACAACCGAGGUGGCCAAAAUUAUUCUGGAGUCCUCUGCCACGGCGUCCAUCAUAGGAACCCAGAGUUGCUUUGGGACAUUAAAAUAAAUAAAUAAAUAAAUAAAUAAAUAAAUAAAUAAAUAAAUAGUUCCGUUGGUCGGGGUCGGUCUGUCAGGUUGUCCGUUUUCUUGGACGCGUGAGGCGGGCUUGCUAGCUAAAGGUAACAUAAGCGUAGCUAUGGAUCUGGCGGCAAUUUCGUAUUGUAGCGUCUGGAGAAAGAUUCUAGUCUGCACCUUUGCCUCUGCACUUGUAGUGGCUGCGUACCAUUGGCUACCACUGUCUCAGAGGGUGAACUUGGCAAAUUUGUUAAACAUAAACCUCAGUCCUCCUUCGGAUUCGGUCGAAUCCAGCGUGGCUCCCCGAGUAUGAAAUGAAAUCUCCAGCACGAAACCACACGAGGCUGUGUGUGCGCACAGCCUUCCCCGAUGCACGGAGGGAAGGAUGACGGGUGAAAAAAAAAAAAGGAAAAAUAAAGCCCCUCGCCGGCGCGCUCCUUCUCGUCGACGCCGCGAGAGCGCGCCCGGGGAGCACGCGGUUCGUCCUACGGGCGCGCUCGUUCGGCCCAGCAGCAGAGCCUGUCGGGCCGGUGUCGUGCACGGACGCGUGGUUGGUGAACUGCUGCGCCGCUCCUCCGUACGCUCCGAAGAUUUUUGACGUCAUCUGUGCUGCGCGUAGUCGCGCGGUUGUGGGUGACAAACCUCCAUCUGCGAAGUCGCCGCGAACGUUUUGAUUUGCGGAUAGACCCGGGCGGACAACUCUUUUGGAAACCGCGGCGAACUAUGCCGCCGGGUGCACCGUCUCCCGGAUCGGCUCCUGCAGGUCGAGUUUUCAUCGGCGCGCACUUGUCCACCGGAACCGGAAGAAGGAGGAGGCAGAGAGCAACUGAGGAAGCUGGAUCUCCAGCAAGUGCCCUGUGAAAUCGACGACGCGCCGUGAUUCUGCGUUCUCGAGAGGUACAACCUGGCCAUGUCUGGCGCGCUCUACAGAGUGAGCUGAAAGACAAAAUAAAGGAAAACGCAAGCGCAUCUUCCAUUACCAUGCGAGUACUGCCAGUGUCCAGGUAUGAAAGCCUUGUCGGACGUCUCCCGACAGCAGCAGCUGGCGAGCAAUAGAUGCGAACCCAGCUUGAGCGCGCGGAGCCGUCGCCCCGCUGACGGCAGGUCGGGCGUACCAUGCACCGCACGGGAAUUCGUGAACUCUCCGGUGACCGGGGCAGCUGACAGGGCCUCGCGCGAGGCCACGUAACCAGCCCGGGCCGAAUAUUCCACCGAUGGCCGCGGCGGCGAUGCGCGAACCCGGGCCUCCUUGACGGGGGCUCGCCGACGAUGCCCCGGACUGUGUCGCGAGCCUCCUUCUCUCCGAGUGCCCUCGUCCUCACACUGAUCAUCAUGGCGGCCGCCGCGGGCGCCGGCGGCACGGCUUCACCGCACGGCGGCAGCUGCCCGUCGGCCUGCAGCUGCAAGUGGAGCGGCGGCAAGCGCACCGCCGAGUGCGCCGGCCUGAUGGGCAGCGUGCCGCAGCACCUGCCCAGCGACACGCAGGUGCUCAACCUGACGGGCAACAUCCUCAAGACGCUGCCGGGCGGCCACUUCCAGCAGGCGCGCCUGGUGCACCUGCAGCGCAUCUACCUGUCCCGCUGCGGCAUCGUCCUGAUGGCGGACGACGCGUUCCGCGGCCUCAACAACCUCGUCGAGCUCGACCUCAGCCACAACUUCCUCACGGCCGUUCCCAAGCUGGCGCCCUACUGCACGCUGCUGCGCCGCCUGCAGCUCAGCGCCAACCCGAUCCAGAGGCUGGGCGGACACAGCUUCCGCGGGCUGCACAGCCUCGUCUCCCUGGAGCUGAGUCAGUGUCAGCUGGCGUGGCUCGAGACGAACGUCUUCGCCGACCUGCAGUCACUAGAGGUACUUCGCCUCGACGGCAAUCGACUGCGCUCGCUACCCCCGGACGGCCUCACACUGCCACCGCUGCACUCGCUAGACCUGAGCGACAAUCCGUGGCACUGCGACUGCAGCCUUCGCAGCCUGCGGCAGUGGAUGCAUCAGCGCAACGUGCCGCUCUCGGUGCCGCCUCGCUGCGAGGGGCCGCCGAGGCUCGCGCGCCGCCUCUGGAGCCAGCUGGAACCGGACGACUUCGCCUGCGCGCCCCGCAUCGCCGCCAGCGAGCUGCGCGUGGGCGCCGUGGAAGGCGAGAACGCCACGCUGCAGUGCGACGUCGACUCCCUGCCGGCGGCCAACGUCAGGUGGCUGUGGCGGAGCCGCGCCAUCGUCAACCUGUCGCUCAUAUCGUUUGGGCGCCAGAUGUACUUGCUGCGGGCGCACCAGAGCGGCCGCCGGCAGCAGACGAGCACGCUCACCAUCAUCAACGUGAUGCUCAAGGACAGCGGACGCUACCUGUGCGCCGCGGCCAACCGCGCCGGCAAUCAGACGGCCAACGUGACGCUCAUAGUGCGACCGCGUUCGGCCGACCUCGCGGCGCUGUCGGCGCCCGAGAUAGUCGGCAUCGUGCUAGGCCUACUUCUGCUCCUGGCCCUAGUCGCGGCCUCGGCGUGCCUGCUGGCGGUGCGCCGGCCCGCCCGGGGCCCGCGCGCCGCCAAGGAGACGCAGAUGCGACUCGAGUCGCUGCUGCUCGAGUCGAAGCAGCGCUCGUCGGACGCCGGCAGCCUGCAGGCCAACUCCGAGGAGCAGUCCGGCAGCCCGGCGCCCCUGCUGAGCUCCAACAAGAAGCCCGCGCCGGCGACGGCCAAGUCGGGCAUCGUGGCCGCCGUGUUGCGCGGCGAGUAUCGGACUCUGCGCGCGUGCCGCGGCGCGAACAAGGAGGAGGACGGUGGCGCGAGCGACGUGGUGACGGACGCGCUGCGCGUGUCCGCCGGUGCGCCGAGGCACGAACAGGUGUGCGCGACCAGGAAGCGACCCGCGGGAAUCGUGGCCAAUCCGCUGUCGCCGGGCGCGAGGGACUCGCCGGACGAGGGGCUCGGAGAUGAGCGAGAGUACGAGACGGACAUCCUCGACUGACAUCUCGGAGACGGACUGAUUGGACGCCUGCCAAGCAGUUCACGCCUGCCAAGCAGUUCACGCCUGCCAAGCAGUAGCCUGGAUCAUUGUUGCUCAUCAGCGUAAACGGUAGCAAGGACAUUCCAUGACGAAGAAAAAAACUUACAUUCUGGACUUCGCCGGCUGGAGUUCCAUGCGCAUCGAUGGUUUUGAGAGGCCUGUAUAUGAUACCAAGAGGAGUGACAUUAAGCGACAACGUUCCGUUAUUGUUAUCGAAUUCAACUGUUUUCGUCUGCACAGAGAUGGCUCCGAUGUAAGAGGACAUGAGUGUAAUAAUAUGAGGUUAAGCGCAAUAGAGCACGGUAAGACAAUAGAAGGGCACAAACACACAGCGCUGCUAACAACUAAGUUUUUAUUGCACGUGGUUAACACAUAUCAUGGUACAACAGGAAGAAAAGCCACCGUCGCAGUAAUAGAUUACUUUUUCGCUAAUCAUCAAUCACAGGCCACUACAACGCGAUAGAAACAGUAUAUCUUUUUUUGACAACGAAAAAGAUGGGCAAAUUAAAGAGUUGUUGCUUCUAUCUUUUUUUUUUUUUUUGAGAACGAGACAGAUGGGCAACUUACAGAGUUAUUUCUUCUAAUCAGAGGCCUGAAGUGAAUGAUUAUGCCGAAAAGUAAUCUACGCUACGACCGUGGCUUUUCUUCCCGUUGUACCAUGAUAUAUAUGUGUUAACCAUGUGCAAUAACUAUAUAGUUGUUAGUAGCGCUGUGUCUUCGUCCCCUUCUAUUGUCCUACAUGCUCUCUUGCGCUUAACCUCAAGUUAUGCAGUGCCAUCUAGCCCACCAGUCGGUUCGCUUGGAGUGUAAUAACGCCGCAUUAACUAUACACAGGGCUGUACAUCCAAACGUGAAGUAUAUUUUACGUGAUAAAGUAUUACCAGAGAAUCUCGCAAUGAAAUCAAGUUCGAAAAGUAAAUAUGUGAGAGAUUUACGAAAGUUGACCCUGGUAAAGGAAUAAUGAAUUUAUAAUUAAAGUCAUAGCAAGUCGGGCGCCAGAUGUUGUGUUGCAGCCGAAUUUGCUACAAGCAGUAGGCACUUUAUGUCGAUCAGCGUUUAUUUUUAGUUUCCCCUUUUCACGUGGACUGCAAGUGUCGCAGACUUAAGUUGAGCGUACUAGCAGUUGCAAUGAAAGUGUGGUUGACCUCCGAUUGAUCUCAAAUAGGUACAAAUAAGCAGGCAGAAUAGCUGCGGCCACAUAAGGUUCACACAGUGAACGAUGACGAAGACUUCAUUCUGGAGAUAAAGAAAUCCGCACGUGCUAACGUCGAAGUAACUGCACCGAUGAUGAGAUACGAGAAGGGUCAUCUUCCAAAAGACACCGACUCAAUAUUAUGGCUAUCUGAAAGAAAUUAUAAAGUGAUGAAGUGACGAAGAAGUCUACGGAAAAGACUCAUAAACUCUAUCAAGCCCCAUCGAAUACAAAAACAGUUGAGACCUAGCAUUGCAAGAGCCACAGCUCAAGGAAGCCGAUUGUAAAGUAUUCUGAAAGAGUGGAAAAAAGAAGAGAAAAAAGUCGCAUGAAAUAAAAUGGAAAAGAAAAAGACAUCCCACGUGGUCCUAGUAAAGAACGAAAGCAGCCAGUUUGAAGAUAUAGCAUAUAAGGAAAGAAAAGAGAAAACAAAAGCAGAGGAAACAAAGCGGGCCUAUAGCAAAGGCCAGAACCUCAUUGGAAGUGUAUUGGUGGUGUUGGCUGAGGCAAUUCGCAAUCGGUAAUUUCCAGCAAUAUGAAGGAGCCACGAUUUUGCCCGCCUACCCCACCACCUUGGCGCCCGAGUUCCUUGACCUCUAAGACAACGAUAGUUUCUCGCGAGUUACGACAUGUUACGGCGGUGGCCCAUAUUCUUGUUGGCGAUGAAAGAGGCUUUCCUUCGCAGCGAAGAGGGGCCGUCAGUUGUUGUGGUGCGUGAUUGUUGUGUCUGUGCGCCUGCUGGCUCGCGGUCUGCGUAUUUUAGUGUCUUUGUGUACCAAGCGGACCAAAGAAGGAGUGGCGAACUCACUUGCGCGCGGCCGCUCCUCGAACGCUACACGCCGCAGCCCACGACUACUACUACUACUACUACUACAACUGCUACUGCUACUACUGCAGCUUCCUAAUCAACAGGAGUUCGCAAAGGGAUGAUCAUCCCACGCGCGAAAAUAAGAAGAAAGAAGAAAGAAACAAAGCCAUAUCGAAGCACCACCUUCAUGUUCUGUGUGUGUGUGUCUGUGCUUGUGCGCGUCAUCGGCUCGCCGUGACAAAAAAAGAAGUGAACAAGGACGAAUGCGCCUGAUGCAGAUUGCGUGCCGUGCAAUACCUUCGAGACGAGAGGAGUCCCUGACUACGAUUGAGACGCCCUCUUCUCCCCCAGGAGAUUGACGUUGCGCGGAGGGGGGGGGGGGGAGGCGGGUCAACGUAGUGACAUCGACCUUCGUGUUCCAUCCCGGAUUACUACUUUUCUUUUUGUUGUGGUUGUUGCUAAAGUGCAACGCCUUAUUCCUUCAUUUACGAGAUCUAUGGCGUAUGCCACGUCACGUUACCGAUGCGAGACUAUCGGGAGCACAGCGACGAAGGAGAGAGGUUCAAUUCCUCCCACACAAAAACGAAAAGUUGCUCGACGUCGAAGUUUUAAAAUUAAGCUCUCCGUGACCAAAAAGAAAAGGGAAAGAAAACUCACCUUUUUCUUUCGGGCGGGUCACCUAAUUAAACAGCGAGAGACUCUCGGCUCGCGAAAUGUCGUUCGUUCUAGAAGACGCAGAAGCAGGAAACAGAGUAUCGGAACAUGCAUAACUUGGGAAAUGAGGACCGCGCGCAGGAGAAAAGGUAGACCGCGAAGGAGAGAGUGUGUUGGCUAGAGUAAGGAAAGAGGAAGUGAAGAAAUUAAAAAAAAAGAAGAAAGCGCAGGAAAGUAAAAUAAAUAAAGAGAGACAGAGAGAGCGUCGAGAUAUUGCUCUGUAACGACACUAGAGAGGAACUUAAAAACACGAAACAAAGACAAGAUAGCAUGUUCCCCCCGUCGACCGCGUAAGGUAGUUGGCUAAGGGCGCCCUUAGCGGCGCUAAUCCGCGUACCCUAUGUGGGGAUCGCGGGAGGGAUCUUGAGCGGCGACAAUGGGUCGUCCCAGGCCGGCAGGCCUCAUCCAUCUUGCUCUCGAAGGAACGGUGUCAAAUUACGUGCGAAUAUUAAAAUGUUUUGUUUUCCUUA